AUGGCCAGCUUGUCAUCAACGAAGACGCAUACCGUAGUUGUUGAUAACGCUGCGCAACAAAGGACAUAUGGCUUUGGUGAUACAUGUUGGGAUGGCAAAACGGAAGAGGUUGAACUAACGCGUGAGAACAAUUCGUUAGGCCUUUCAAUAGUUGGUGGUAGCGAUCACUCGUCACAUCCGUUCGGCAUAAACGCGCCUGGCGUAUUCAUCUCAAAAAUUACACCCAAUUCACCAGCUGGCCGCUCACAAAGGCUACGUAUUGGUGAUCGGAUCUUGUCAGUUAACAAUAUCAACAUUCGAAAUGCCAAGCAUCAAGCCGCUGUUGAGGCACUGAAACAAAGCGAAAAAGUGGUACGUCUGCGUGUGAUUCACGAGCCUCAACCGCCAGGUCUAAGAGAAGUUUCAAUUCGGCGAAAUUCUGGAGAAGCACUGGGACUGAAUAUUUGUGGUGGUAUCGGUAGUCCACCAGCGAAUCCUCUCGACAAAACCGAUGAGGGUAUUUUCAUCGAAAAG